AGGAUCUGACAUCAAAUGAUCAAGGUAUUGGCUUAAUCUUAUUGUUUUCGUCUACAAAGCGACAAGUAAACGGAGAGAGUGUCAAUUUGCCAGUGCGUUUAGAAUCCGGGAAAGUCGAUCUUUUCCAUAGCGGAUCAGCGGCGGUGCUGGAGACGGAGUUUGGGCUCCGAGUGUCCUACGACUGGAGCCAUUAUGUGGUGGUGAUGGUUCCCAGCCUGUAUUCGGGCUCACUGUGCGGACUGUGUGGAAACUUCAACGGAGAGCCGGCAGACGACUUUGUGUCUCCCAACGGCACGGCGCUGUCUACAGCAGCAGUGUUCGGGAACAGCUGGAAAAUCUCCGAUCCCGAGGCGGUGUGCUCGGACGAUCCGGGCUCGGUGAUUGUGUGCAGUGACUCUGACCGCCGUCUCUUGAGCUCCGAAAGUUACUGCGGUGUUCUGAGCAACGUCAGUGGGCCAUUCCACCAGUGCCAUUCGGUGCUGAGCCCGAUGGCUGCCCAGGAAAACUGCAUCUUUGAUCUGUGCGCCGUGGGAGUGAGCAGGGAGCUGCUGUGUCAGGCGAUUGGAUCGUACGCAGCAGAGUGUCAGAGACGGGGAGUGAUGACCGGGGAUUGGAGAAAUGUCACUGGCUGCGGUAUACAGUGCCCAGAAAACAGUCACUUUGAGGUGUGCGGAAACCCGUGUGAGGGAAACUGUGCAAAUAUCUCCGUGGGAUCGUCCUGUGCUCAGGAGUGUGCUGAAGGAUGUUUCUGUGACCGUGGUUACUUGAGAAGUGGGGACAGUUGUGUUCCUUCAGAGCAGUGUGGUUGUACCCAUGAUGGGGUGUACAUGAAGAUAGAGGAGGUCAGGCUGACAGCUGACUGCAGCUCCCGAUGCCAGUGCCUGGCCAGGAACGAGGUGAGAUGCGUUCCUGCAGGCUGCCGUCCAACAGAGCGAUGCACUGUGAGGAGGGGGAUCAGAGGCUGCCUCACCUCACUCAGCACAUGCACCGUGAGCGGGGACCCUCACUACCUCAGCUUUGACGACGCAGUGACUCACUUCCAGGGCACCUGCGACUACGAUGUGGCCAAGGUCUGUAGCCGGUCCUCAGCAAACUGGUUCCGAGUGACGGCUGAGAACCAGCACCGACGAAACAACCUGGUGUCAUUUGUAACCCGGGUACACGUCUACCUCCUGGGGGUUCACAUUGCCAUCGAGAGUGGCCGAGGGGUGCUGGUGAAUGACGCAGUCGUAUCGUUGCCCCACGGUAUUCAGGGCUUGGCCAGUGUCUCACAGUCGGAUGGCUUCAUUGUGGUUGACACAGUCACCAACGUGGAGGUGCAUUAUGAUGGAAGGAGUACGGUGUUGGUAAAGGUGGGGCCGGAAUAUGCAAACAGACUGUGUGGGAUGUGCGGGAAUUUCAACGGGAACGUGACAGAUGACAAGGUUCUGCCGAACGGACAGACGGCCAGGAGCGACGCGGAGUUUGGCAACUCCUGGAAAACGGAAAACAGCGAUUUGGGGUAGAGUUUUCCAGGCUGCACAGUCAGACACACAGGCCAUGCAGGAUUUAAGAGAGAAAUGAUCACUCUGCCCCAUCCUCUGAGCUGACCACUACUGUACCAACGGAAUUAGGAAUGGCUGGAAAAGCUCAGUGGGUCUGGCAGCAUUUGUGGAGAGAGAUCAGAGUUAAUAUUUUGGUUGGAGUGACCCUUCUGCGGAACACAUGGUAGCUGGGAAAAUGUUCUGAUGCCCGAAUUAACUCUGAUUGCUCUCCACAGAUGCUGGCCAGAACUGCAGAGAUUUUCCAGCAGUUUCUGCUUUUGGAGUUAGCAAAAUUUGGUUUUAUGCAGAUGGUAGUAUUAUGAAGUCAAAAGCAUGCAUGUUCACUUUAAAAUAGAAAGUGUUUGCUGAAUAGUGAAGUAAAUUUAAAUUGCAGGCUCAGCUGCCUGAUGGAAAGGCUGGGAGAUGGGCUGUUCCAAAAUAGGUUCAUGUAGCAAAUGGCUGUUAAAUGGAUGCCUGAGCUUUGGUUGCUGUUCUGACAACAAUCAAAUUUAACCAAUUAGUUUAAAUUAUGUCCAGGA